UAUAGAUGGCUGCAGACUGCUAGCGCCGUCUACAGGCACUAAUUGGAACCUGGCAACAACCCUCCAAUAUGUUCUCUGGUUAACGUUACCCAUAUCACAGCUGAUUUUUUUCUAAUUCUCUUUUGAUGGGAUCAUUUACAUUUUCAUCAUAACAUCUGUUUUCCAAAAGCAAGCAUUUUACGCCAGUAUGUCUCGGAAAAGAGUUUCAUCUGCUUCACGAAAUAGUUGUAAACGGAAGCCUGAUGAGAAUGAAUUGAAUGGCCAUAAAAAUUUAGAAUCUAGUGAUUCUGCCAGAAUUAAAUUAAUAAAACUGUGUGAAACAAACAAAGCUUUAAGGAGUAAUAUUGGAUUGACUUGGUUUAAAGCUUUAGAAGAAGAGUUCACCAAAGAUUACUUUGAAGAGCUUGGAAAAUUUUUGUAUAAAGAAUCGUGUGGCUAUCUAGUAUGUCCAGAACCCGACCUUAUUUAUGCAUGGACACAUUAUGCAGAAAUACAGGAUGUUAAAGUAGUCAUUCUGGGGAAUGAACCAAUUAGUGUAUCCUACAAAUCUCGUGGUUUAGCAUUUUGUACCCGAAAAGGAUUUGAAAUGCUUGAAAGUUUGAAAAAUAUUUAUCAAGAACUUUCUACGGAUAUCCCGGGAUUUGUAAAACCAUCUCAUCCCUGGCUUGAUGGAUGGGCUUCUCAAGGAGUAUUAUUACUCCAUAUUUGCCUAACUGUUCGAUGCCACUGGCCGAAGUCCCAUCAAAACAAAGGUUGGGAGAAAUUGACAGAUGCUGUAAUUCGAUGGAUAAAUAGUAAUUUAUCCCAUGUAGUUUUCUUGCUCUGGGGUAAAAACGCUCAAAAAAAAUCUGAAUUGAUUAAUAAGGAAAAGCAUCUUAUCCUUACUGCUGCUCAUCCGGCAAGAUUCACUGCCCAUCGAGGAUUCUUUGGAUGCCGUCACUUUUCUAAAGCGAAUGAAUAUUUACAGAAACAUAAUAAGAAGCCUAUCGACUGGGGCUAUUUAUACUAAAGAAACUACUUCCCUAAGAAAUUUUGUGAUUUGUGAAUAUGAAUCUUAAAGUGACAAUUUUAUAUCAUAUCAUUGUUAUUUAAGCUAUUUCAAAUAGCUU